AUGGUUCACGAUGAGAAACCCGUAGUGGAAGAACUACUUCGGGCGUUGACCUUAGAGGAAAAGGUCUCCCUGCUGGCCGGGAAAAACAUGUGGGAAACAGCGAACGUCGAUAGGCUGGGGAUUCCGAGUUUGAAGAUGACGGAUGGGCCAGCUGGAGCGAGAGGGUCAAAAUGGACAUACGGCUCACUGACAACUUUCAUUCCUUGUGGCAUCUCGUUGGCGGCCACAUUUGAUCCGGAGUUAGUCCAGAAAGUGGGCAGCGUCCUAGGAGAGGAAACACGACGCAAGCACUGCCAGGUCCUCCUAGCUCCAACAAUGAAUUUGUCACGAUCGCCCCUAGGUGGUCGCAACUUCGAGGGCUACGGCGAGGACCCGUAUUUAAUUGGGAAAGUGUCAACUGCGAUUAUUCGGGGUAUUCAAAGCGAAGGUGCCGCGGCAUGCAUGAAGCACUUCAUCGCGAAUGAUACCGAAACGCGACGGUUUAAUGUCGACCAAACAAUUAAUGAGCGUACUCUUCGCGAAGUAUACAUGAAACCAUUUGUGAUGGCCCUUGAUGCGAGCCCAUUGACCGCCAUGGUGAGCUAUCCAAAGAUAAACGGAUAUCACGCCGACCUAAGUCCUUCCAUCCUGAAGCCACUUUUGCGUGAUGAAUUGCAAUUUGAUCGGAUAGUCAUGAGUGACUGGGGCGGAUUGAACAGCACCGUUGAGAGCCUGAUCGCCACUACCGACUUGGAAAUGCCGGGACCACCGGUGCGACGUGGGGACAAGCUCCUCGCUGCCAUAGCACAAGGCCAGGUCGACGUCGCCAAACACGUCGAUCCCAGUGUGCGACGAAUCUUGGAGCUACUGGAAGGGGUUGGUCUACUGUCCCAGUCAUCCUCCGGCGGCGCUCUGAAGGGCGAUGGGACUGAAUCCGAGAAAGCUCCGGACGACCCGACCUUUCAUCGGAUCGCUCGUGAGGCCGCACAGGACGGACUCGUUCUUCUUAAGAAUGAAGGUGUCUUACCGCUGAAACCCUCUACUCUACAAAAGAUUGCUAUUUUGGGCCCCAAUGCCCGCCGUCCAACCGCGGGAGGGGCAGGUAGUGCUGCUGUCAAUCCAUUCUACAUUACCACCCCCGAAGAAUGCAUUACGACGGCCAUCCGACAAGCCAAUCCACAGACGGAAAUUCUUUAUGAACCUGGUAUUCCAUUCAGUCUCCGCCCACCGCUACUAGGUGCCACGCUCACCACACCGGACGGCUCGCGGCAGGGUCUUGAGGUGGCUUUCUACGCUGGACAUGAAUUUCAGGGACCUGCAGUAGCAACCAGCUACUGGGAUGACUCCCUGGUAUAUCUCUUCAGUGAUGGUGAUGUGCCAGAGUCGCUCAAGGGUACCGCCUAUUGCUACCAGGCAUCUGGCAUUGUGACACCCCAGGGAUCGGGCUGGUAUACCUGGAGUGUGGCCAAUACGGGCAAGGCCAAGCUGUUCAUCAACGAUGAAUUGAUUAUUGAUAAUACGGAGUGGUCACGGGUCACUGCAGGCUUCCUAGGAUGCUCCAGUGAAGAUCGAACUAUUCGGAUGCCCUUAGAGGCAGGGAGAACAUAUCGACUGAGGGUGGAUAAUGUAGUGACACUACCGCCGAUCGAAUCCUUUGAUAACACCCUCUUUCCGAAUAUCUCAGGCCUGCGGGUUGGUCUUGCCCUAGAGCAAGAUGAGCGAGCAAUGCUGGGUCGCGCAGUGGAUUGCGCCAAGUCAUCCGAUGUAGCUGUCCUUGUCGUCGGCCAUAAUAAGGACUCGGAAGGUGAAGGCGGCGAUCGCGUCAACAUGGAAUUGCCAGGCCAGACAGACGCGCUUGUGCAGGCAGUAUGUGACGCCAAUCCUAAUACGAUCGUUGUCGUUCAGGCAGCCAGCGCAGUAACAAUGCCGUGGGUGAAUCAAGCACGCGCUAUUGUCAUGGCCUGGUACCAGGGUCAGGAGAACGGGAAUGCCUUGGCAGAUGCCCUCCUAGGUCAUUGCAACUUCUCCGGUAAAACUCCUAUCACCUUUCCUCGCCAGCUGGAGGACCACGGUUCUCAUGCAUGGUUCCCCGGGCAGGCAGCCAACGACUCUUGCGAGUUUGGGGAGCAGGUGUUGGUUGGAUACCGUCACUUUGACAAGCACGGUAUCACGCCUCUUUGGCCGUUUGGGUAUGGAUUGUCUUACACGCGCUUUGAGGUCAGCGAUAUUCGCCUUGAUGGGAACAUGACCACCACAACAUCCUCCAUCAUCUCGGUCCAUGCUCGCAUCUCCAAUGUUGGUGACCAAAAUGGCUCCGAGGUAGUCCAGGUCUACGUCAGUCCGUCUGAACAGAUCCAAAAGAAAGGGCUCGUCACUUAUGAAAAGACGCUUGCCGGAUUUUCCAAGGUAUUUGUACCUGUCGGAGAAACAAAAGACGUUACUAUUCAGAUUGACAAGGAAGAGUUGCGUUGGUAUGAUGAGGAGUCUCGUUCAUGGCGAAUAGACCCAGGCAGAUACCGCUGUUUCGUUGUUAGGGUUCAAUCUGUCCAGUGGCGUGUCUUGACUAGUGGUCCCUCCUCCACCCUACCUCCUUCUGUCCCCGUUGCCUGUCUGAACUGUCGCGAAAAGCAUCUCAAGUGUGAUGGUAAUCUCACAGGAUGUACCCGGUGCAAGGACCUGAGUCUCUAUUGCCACUUUGUCCCGAGUCGCCGAGGCAGACGAGGACGGCCUUGGCCCUAUUCAGGUGCAAUAGGAGACUACCCUCCACUACCUGUUGAGCCCACUGGCAAUGCAAUGAUGACCCCUUUAGAUUCAUUAGCAUGUGCUGCCUCACAAGGGGAGGCCAUCUGUUCUUCGCUUCCCCCUCCGAUCGACCACCAACUGGUUACGUUGUUUUUCCUCCAUUUCCAUCAAGCGCACCCAUUCCUGCCACCUCGCGACGCAUUCCUGCAUUCUUCUCCCCCCAGCUACCUGCUGGAUGUGGUACAGUUUGUCAGCCUGCAUUACCUCCCUGCCAGCAAUGUUCCGGACCACACCCAUCAGCUUGGAGCGGCCGUUCAGGAGGCAGACGCCAGCCUUGAGAAGGUCCAAGCCCUUUUGCUCCUAUCUAUUAUCAUGCAUGCACGAACCCAACCGCGAGAGGCAAAGGAAUGCCUGGGGCAGGCGAUUGCUUUGAGUCUGGAUCUUGGGCUUCACUGCCGGGGAUUUUCUGAAGCUUUGGAGAUCCAGAAUCCUUUGAGGGCAGAGAGUGCUCGGCGUACGUGGUGGGAGAUCUUCAUUAUCGACACCCUUCUCGCGGCUGUACAAGUCGAUGGUGCUCUACAGUUAACAAUAGAGACACCAGACCUUCCCUUGCCUUGUGAAAUGGACGAAUAUCAGGAUGGGCGCUUAGGCUUCGUUCCAACCUCACUUCGUGAUAUGGAUCGUCAAACCCUUUUUCACAACGAUGGCGAUUUCUCAUCCGCGGCGUACAGAGUAGAAGCAGCAACAAUACUUCGAAAGUGCCUGAUAGCGAGCGGGAAUCAUGUCUCCCAUGAAACUAUCAAUGUUCUCGAUGUCACCAUCUCGGCCUGGUUUCACCGAUUGCCCAGCGGCAAGCAAGCUAUGUUGCAUCACAAUGGUGACGUGGAUCAGAUGAUCUUUCAGUCCUUCGUGAUAAUGCACUGCGCCUCAAUAUACUUACACUUUCCGAAAUCAUAUCUCCUCGCCUUUCUACCAGUGACCAGUCACAUCUUCUGUUCUCGACCCCCCACCUUCGCGUCGAGCUCAACAAACCCCCAAAUACACACAGCCAAAGUAUAUGGUGCGGCGGUUAACCUAUCCAAACUUGCCUCCUUAACGACAGCUGUGACUAGCCAUAGCCCCUUCUUCGUCUGCACGCUAGUCUUAAGUUCCAUCGUCCAACUCGCUAUCUUUACCGCUGAUCCCCAACAGUCAACUCGCACAGGCCGCAACUUCCUAGCGCUCAAUAUUGGCGUCCUCAAAUCCAUGGGGCAUGUGUGGGCGAUUGCGGCGGCCUCGAUGUCACGGAUCCGCGAUGUAGCUGUCGAGGUUGAGUCGGCGCUUGCGAGAGAGAGCAGAGAACUGUUACAUGAUCAGUUAACCCAGUCCGUUUUAGUUGACUCACAGGACUUGGACCUAAGACUUUUAUAA